AUGGACAAUCUCAUUGAUCUGCAGAUUCCAGAGGAGCCUUCACUUUGUUUCAGUUCCCUCAAUACCUCAUGUUUGAAGAUUGAUUAUCGUCUGGAAGUUCGGGUUUUGCUCUACAUCUUCUUUAGCACGUCUUCUCUUAUCACUGUGAUUGGAAACCUGCUUGUGAUUAUAACUGUGGUACAUUUCAGGCAGCUGCGCACAUCAACUAAUUACCUCAUUCUCUCUCUGGCUGUUGCUGACCUGCUUGUAGGAGGAAUAGUGAUGCCUCCUAGCAUGAUACGCUCGGUGGAAACUUGCUGGUAUUUAGGAAGCACCUUUUAUAGAUAUUAUGCUGUAUGUCAUCCGCUUCUCUACUACAGUAAAAUGACUCCUACUACCAUUAGAUUCAUGAUUGUUGUGUGUUGGAACAUUUCUUUUUCUAUUGGGUUUGGAAUGGUAUUUCUGGAGAUCAAUAUUCUUGGAACUGAAGAGUUUUAUUACAGUAACUUUGUGUGUGAAGGUGCAUGUAUGGUGUUUCAAGCUAAAGCUACAGCCAUAGUGUUUCCUUUUCUCUGCUUUUACAUCCCUGCAGUAAUCAUGCUUUGUGUGUACGUGAAAAUCUUCCACACAGCACAAAGACAAGCUCGUGCAAUUCAAUCCACAAAUGUACAGAUGAAGACGGUCAAAGAAAAAGACACCAUGAGCAAGUCAGAAAAGAAGGCCACGAAAACUUUAGCUAUAAUUGUGGGAGUUUUUCUGACAUCCUGGGCGCCGUUCUUUAUCUGUAACUCCAUAGGUCUACUUAUAGAAAAUUCAGUUCCUCCGAUUGUGUUUGAUGUAUUAAUCUGGGUGGCAUAUUUGAAUUCAACAUGUAAUCCGAUAGUGUAUGCAUUUUUCUACAGCUGGUUCAGACAAGCUUUUAGAGUCAUUCUAUCUGGUAAAAUAUUUCUGGAUGAUGGUGUGUAA